AUGAGUUCUUCAUCAAGCUCUCGCGAACCUUCACCAUCUAUGAAACAAACUUUACCAAACGAUUAUGGAGCACCUAUUGAAUAUUUCUUACGAGCUGCACAAUGGCAAAGAGCAGUCUCACCAAGGUUAGGUGUUCCACCAGCUCCUGUCAAAAAUAGCAUUUGGUCAAGUCCUUAUAUAAGAUAUGGUCUCCCACUAGGUUUGCUAGCUACAGCAGGAGCAGUUAUGAUGUUGAAAAGAAAUAAAGCAAAUGUUGUAAAUAAUACUGAAGUAGCUGAAGUUAAACAAACUCCAACACCUUC